AUGCGCGCCUCCACCAUCCUCUUUGGCCUCACUGCCACCACCCUCGCCUCCGCGGCCGUCAUCCCCAAGGACACUGCCAUCACCUCUGAGGUCGAGAUCAAGACCGCUGUCUCCCCCGAUGGCUACGUGUACAAGGUCGAGACUGAGGCCUAUGUUGAAGACACCAUAACCGCCGCCGACGGAACCACCCACACGGUCCUCGUCCACCCCACCUUCAAGCGCUUCGUUGACGAGCACGGAACAUCCCUCAACCCUAACAAGGAGAAGCGUCUCAGCUGGUACGGCGGCAACGCUGACCAAUGUGGUAACUCAAACUUCAUCAAUAAGACUACCGGUGGUUCGCCUACCACCGGCGAUUGCGGUGAGGUCCGUGAUUAUUACCGCACUGCCAAUGGCUACUACUCUGCCAGUCGGUUUACAGACCUGGCUGGCAGUGAUUGGUGCAGGCUCGUUAUUACGCGCACGUGCGUAUUCGGCAUCAAGAGCGCCAAUUUCAACGGUGCUAGUGUCGGUAGCACCGAUAUCUCCGACCUGACUAGGGAUGCCAUCAACAAGUUCCAGUCGGGCGGCAGGGUUGGUGCUGAGGGAGAGAUGAACUGCAACAACUCCAAGGUCCUGUGGGCUAUCUUCCACUCCUAG